UUCCGGGCUUCUGGUCCUGGAAUGGCUUCAAUUCGACGGUUCGGACGCUCAUGUUGACUGUGUAUGUGCUGGAAGCUGAUUUGGAGGGAGAUUGAAGCAAUUGCAGAGUUUAGAAAGGUGGCAGCAGGGCAACUUUUGAGCUGCUGAGGGGCCCAGCUUCCCCCACCACGCGGGAUGACGCCGGCGCUAGCUCAUCAACGGGAAAGAACAACGCCACGCUGGCUAUCAUCUCAAGUUUUUCCCUCGUCAAUGUCCCAACAGUCGCUGCGCCCAUGCGCUAAUCCUGCAAUUGAGGGCGAGACGCUGCACAACACCUCUUGCUGACCAGUCCCCGCCUCGCUUCGCCCCAGACGCUUUGCUGGGGUAUUCUGGCUGUGUGCAUACUACAUUUCCUUCCCGUUGCGACGAGAACAUUGUCCAUCUUCUCAACAUUUGUCCCAGUCUCCUUCUUUGGAUCCGCCACCUCGACCAGCAGACAAAAUGGGUAUCCAGAGACUGGCUAGGCGUCUCGAGCCCUACGCGACGCGUUAUUCCUCCGAGCAGCUGGACGGCUACUCAGCCGUGGUAGACGGCCCUGCGCUCGCCUACUACGCUCACAAAUUGGCUCUCGCUUCGGCCGCUAGCGCGUCCAGAAUACCGUCUUAUGCGGACAUCGUUGCUGAAGCAAUACACUGGCUGGCCUCGUUGGAGAAGAGCGACAUCAAGGUGUCUGCCAUCUACUUUGACGGAGCCCUCCCCAUAUCAAAGCGCACAGAGCGGUUGUCCAGGACGGAAGCGAACAACAGACGGGUGCAGCAAUUUCGCAAUAACUAUGCUACUGUCUCAUGUCCUAUUCCGACAUAUUUAGGCUCGAUAUCGUACGCCUUUCUUGCACCUGCACUCCAAGAAGCGUUGCUGGAUUCGCCGUUUUCUUCCAAGACGAAGACCGUACCUGGAGAAGCAGAUGAUUGGUGCGCAUUGCAUGCAAAGGAGAAUGCAAAAUCUAUCAUCUUUACGAGCGAUACGGAUCUUGUUUUGUACGACUACAGCUUCGACACACUGAUUGUGUUCCUCCACGAUGCUGAUGUGACCACGGGCAUUAAAGCAUAUUCACCCAACGAGAUUAGCAAGCAACUACAACUCAAAAGCCUGGUGCCCUUUGCAUAUGCUCUCCUUGAUGGCCCACAAGACAGCUCAAAGCUCCUAGCUCACACAGCCCAGGCAAUAGAUCAGAGCUCGACACCUUAUGUCGAUUUCGCCAGGCGCUACGUUGCAAAGGCUCCGAGUCCCAGCGCGACGUCUAAUCUACCAAUGUCAGAUGUUCGGAUAUCAGAAUACGUCCACCAAGCCCUCAAUGGACUCGAAUCUCCAUUCGUAUACAUGCCUCUGCUGGUUGAAGACCCCAACCAAGCGUCCGCAUGGAACGUGGGACAAGAUAUUCGUACAAUAGCAUACUCUCUCCUCGCUCGAAAGCCAAACAUGAUCGUACACGAGUAUCGGCGAAAAGCCCAAGGUAUUAGCGUUCAAGAAAUCUCUACCUACUCUUCCACGGAUCUUGCAACUUCCGCAGCAGAUCUAGAGCGCCAGCUGCGCACCCUGAGAGAAUGGGCAGCAGCGCAAUCGGAUUUUGUCAAACCAGCACUUCUAUGGCCGUUAUUCGGACUCAGCUUCGUCCUUGCAGAACUCAACACGCCGCCUGCGAUCCUUCUCGUCCAGCGCGUACUCAACGGCGAGUUCGAUAACAGCUGGGCGUUUGUCCAUCUGACUGCCAGGAUGCACGCAGCUAUUUAUUCAUUGCGCGUGUUGACCCAGAUUAUAGGCGUGUGGCUGGUUCUCCACCCCACGAUACCCACCUACUCGACUGAAAAGUCAAAAUUACACACUACCCUAUCCAGCCUGGCAACUCACAUGGCCGACUUCCCUUGCAUACCCGAUGUACUUGGUGUGCCUGGGCAGGCGAAGAAGGUGGUGGCGCAGCAUGAUGUGUUGAAGGGGUUGGUCGAAGAGAUUUAUCGGUCGAACGGGGCGCAGGUGCUGAGCGGGGAUGGAGUGAGUAAUAAGAAGAAGAAGAAGAUGGCGAGGGAACAGGAGAGGAAGAAGAAGAAGGCUGAGGUGAGGGCGCAGGGGAGGUUGGAGGGGAGUGGGUUUGCGUUGUUGGGGGACUGUUAGGUGGUGCUGUGUGGAUGGUGGGAAGGCGUGAUGGGCAUCCUUGUUGAGUAUGUUGAGCGUACGGGAUGCAGUGGUACGUGUAUGGGGUCUUGUUUGUUUCGCUAAAAGUUCGCGUCGACGUUAUGUAACCACUUCCCAGCGGUGACUAAGCAUACGCGAGCAUAUGGACAGGGCUUCUCGACAACUCACGAGAAAGUCACCAAGCUCUCAAUUCAAAAAGCGAAUCUUGAAUACAGCGAUUGGAUGUGGCUUUGCGGGAAGUAAGUAGAGUGGAAAAGGAACCAUUAUUGCUAUGAGGUGUUGCGCAUGGCGCUAGCCUUGGAGGGCGAGCAUCGAUACAUAACCCUGCAUAU